GAUGGAUUCAAUCUGACUUUUAUGGUUGUUGUUUUUUUGGCCAUCCAUAUUCCAUAUACUGACUGAAUCUUCAGACUGCUUUGCAAGAGGUACCCCCCCUGCAACAACCCACAAGAGACUUGCUGCAAGGUACUUAAGUAUCCUCCCCCGGCAGGUCUCACGGGCCACGACUGACCUCACUCGUCCCCUGCAAGUGCUCUUGUUGGAAUCCGACGCUUGACAUCCAUCACCCCAUAACAUGAACUUUUUCGACCUCGUACUCCCCCCCUCGUAACCUACACCUCUCCUACGCUGCCGAAUCCCUCCAAUUGGUCUCAACGAGGCACAAACGAGGCACAAACGACGACCGACACCACCCGCCAUGGGCUUCACCACCGGCUUCACCGGCGGUGUGACCCUCGUCCUCGGCAUAUCCUACCUCAGCCUCCAGGCACACCGGCGCACCCGCGAACGCCAGGCCGAGACCCUCCGCGCCAAUGCUUACAUCCUCAACUCCCUCUCCUACAUCCCGGCCACCGCGCCGCCACCAAGGACGGUCGCCGAGGAACUGGCCCUGCUGGAGCAACAGCAGGAGCUUCUGGCGCGUGCCGAAGCGAAGAGGAGGAACCUCUCCGCCAGCAGCGAGGGCUUCUUCGACAAGGCAAAGCACAGGUGGAACUCCGAGAUCGAGGGCGCCGUCCGGUGGGCCGCCAAUACCGACUGGGUUUCCGUGCGCGAGGACGCCGAGGUCGCGGCGUCGAGACUGUGGGCACGUGCCAGCGGAGGCGAGGCACCCUCCGACUCAGCCCGCCGAGCUGCCGCCGCCGUGAGCAACGAGGCCGCCGCGGCCGCGACGACGGCGAAGGGCGCCGCCGCGCAGGCCACGGCGGUGACGGGCGACAAGGCUAAGGAGGCCAAGGAGGCCGCGGGUAGUAUCUGGGAGCGCGGCUUUAAGAAGAGCAAGGAGAUCGCCAGCCAGGCCAAGGCGGGGAUCGCGAAGGCCGAGGAGAAGGCGCAGGACGUGGUUAGGGGCGCGGCGAAGCAGACAGGCCAGACUGACAUCGAUAAGGUCCUCCAGCAGAGAUAUGAGCGGAGGCCGGACGAGUCGUUCAGCAAAAGCCCCGAGGAGCUGCUCGAGGAGAGGUACCGACCCAUGAUGGAGCAGGACAACACCAAGUUGAGGGGUGUGUAGGUGGGCUGGGAGCUCGCGAGACUAUUCGAAGCACGUAUCACUCCAUGUCAAUAUGCCAAUCCGGUGUAUCACUACACGACAGAUAUCGUGGGCCUUGAUACUCUUGGUGGGUUAGGGGUUCUUGAGGGUAUCAUGAUCUAGGCGGCCGUGUAAGCAGUGCGGCCGUCCUCUUCGGAGACAGCCUUGAGAAGUUACGCCCAGCCAGAAUGUAUGAGAAAGCACAUUAUCCAAUGCGAGGUCGAGUCAGGCCUUUUACAUG